AUGCCGCUAGAACAGUUCGGUAGGAUAGAAAAAUUAGACCUGAAACUGGACGCAGACCAAAACUCGCGAGGAUUCUGCUUCAUAACUUACGGGGAUGAAGAGCACAGAGAGGAGGCUAUAAAGGCAGGACCUCCAACACUGGACGGAAAAGAAGUGAUUAUCAGCAAAGCAAUUCCUUACAAAGAUAAGAUGAAGACGAAUAGACUGUUCGUGGGGGGAAUCAGGGACCCUCUAACAGAGGAGGACUUGAAGACAUACUUCUCGGAGAUCGGCAACAUUCAGUCCAUCAAACUAAUUCCAGAGAACAAACACGAGAGGAAAAAGGGUUUCGCGUUCAUCGAGUUUGAUUCUCAAGAGGCAGUGGAACAGGCGGUUGACAAGAAAAAUCCGCCACGUGGACAGCGCCACGAAAUCAACGGCGUCCGAGUUGAUUGUCAGAAGACGUACCCAGAGGAGCACCCGGCGUACAAGAAGAUAAAGAAGCUGAAAGAAGACAUGAGAAACCGAUACGCCAUGUACGACUAUGAUUACUGGGGCCAUGGCGGCUAUUACGGUGGUUAUGACUACAGCGGUGGUUACGACUACGGUUAUGGUUAUGGCGGACCCAGUUACUAUGGUUACCCACAAGGUGGUGGUGGUGGCGGAUAUUACCGGGGAGGCAGAUUCAAUGGUGGACGACGAGGGGGAGGCGGUGCUGCCGGACGCAGUGGUUAUAACAGUAGGGGCGGCAUGUACUAA